AUGUUUGGCAAGUUGCACAUCAAAGAGGAGCUGUCGAAGAGAGGAGUGGCUGGGAUUGAGGACCUCUUAUGCCCGAUGUGUGGGAAGGGGGAGGAGUCGAUUUCACAUUUGUUUUUGCAUUGUGAGGUGGUUUGGGUUCUGUGGUCUAGAUUUUUUAGGGGCUGGAAUGUUUCUUUUGUGGUUCCUAAUAAGGUGAUUGACUUCUUAAUUUUGUGGGAUGAGUUAAUUCCGAGAUCUACAAUUUGGAAAUUCAUUCCAAGGGCGGUGUUGUGGUCGGUUUGGAAAUGUAGGAACGAGAUUAUUUUCCAAAAAGGGAAAGUGGAUUCUGCACUGCUGUUCUUUCUUGCUAGAUUCAGAACUGUUUCUUGGUUUGAGGCGAGCUUCAAGGAUAUUAAUAUUCCUUUCGAUUCUCUAGUUGGGGAUUUAAAAUUGGCAGACUCGAUUGGAAGACAGAAUCAUAGGAGCGUUGCUACUUCUCGGUGGGUACCUCCGCCAGAAGGUUUCAUUAAACUUAAUGUUGAUGGGGCAAUGGUUAAGGGAUGGGACAAAGGAGGAAUAGGCGGUCUGAUUAGGGAUGACAGAGGUUUGAAACUAGGAACUUUCUCUGAAAAAAUUGGAGGAGGACCUCCUAUUCUUGCAGAGUUGUUGGCGAUCAAAAGAGGUUUAAGUCUCAUUGAAGAGUUGAGAUCUUUUCCAACUCAGAGGAUUAUCUUGGAAUCAGACUCGACCACGGCCCUCAAGUGGAUUAAAAAUCCAGAUGUAUGUAUCCCGUUGUUUCAGUCCUUGGUAAGAGGCGUAGCUACUUAUGUGGAAGGAAAGGGUAUCAUCUCAAGACAUAUUGUGAGAGCUGCUAACUGGGAAGUAGAUGAGUUGGCAAAAGCUGGUAUAGGAUGA